GGCUCCCCCCCUCCCCCCUCUUCCCCCCCCGCCCCCUCCCCCCCCACCCCCCCCGGUUGCUCGCGGGAGACCCGGUGCCGCCCGGAGACCGUGUGUGUGUGUGUGUCUGUCUGUGUGUGUGUCCGUUCGUCCGUCCCCCUCCCCCGAUCCGCGCGCCCUCCCCGGAGGGGGGCACGCGCCUCUCUCUCCCCCCAUCCCCCCGCCGGCUCUCGCGCCCAGGAGGAGCGGGGGGCACCGCGCGGGGCGCCUCGCGUGCCGCCCCCCCCCUCCCAUCUCUCCCCCCCCCCCCCCCCCCCCCCAGCGGUCGCCGUCCCGGAGGCCCUGGGGGGCAGAGCCGGGCGGGCGGGCAUGCAGCCGCCGGCGGAGCCGAGCCCCCAGCGCAGCACGAAAAUGCCAGAAGCCUCAGAAGACCAUAAUCAUUGGAAGGCCUGUUGACUUCCAUUUUUUGGUAAUCUGCAACAUCAUCAAUCUGGCAUGGCGCAGGGCAGUCAACAACUCGAUGUGCAGGUACUCCAUGAUCUCCGACAACGUUUCCCUGAGAUACCUGAAGGGGUGGUAUCUCAGUGCAUGCUUCAGAACAACAACAACCUAGAUGCCUGUUGUCGAGCCCUUGCACAGGAGAGCAACAAAUACUUAUAUAUGGAGUACCAUAGCCCUGAUGACACCAGAAUGAAUCGAAACAGCCUUUUGCACAUUAACCUGGGUAUUCAUCCUCAUACCAGCUAUCACGCAGGGGAUGGAGCUCAACUUAAUGGUGGUCGUACACUGGUACACAGUUCAAGUGAUGGACAUAUUGAUCCACAACGCACAGCAGGUAAACAGCUGAUAUGCUUAGUUCAAGAACCACAUUCUGCUCCCGCUGUUGUGGCAGCUUCUCCUAGUUACAAUCCAUUUUUCAUGAAUGACCAGAAUAGAAAUGCAGCUACUCCUCCUCCACAGCCACCUCCACAGCCAUCUUCCAUACAACCAGGAAUGAACACGUCUGCUAUGCAAGGCCCUCCUCCCACGUAUAUGCACAUACCUCGGUACAGUACAAAUCCCAUUACUGUUACAGUAUCACAAAACCUCCCCUCUGGACAGAGUGUACCCAGAGCUCUACAAAUUCUUCCACAGAUUCCAAGCAAUCUUUAUGGGACUCCUGGCUCUAUUUAUAUAAGACAAACAUCUCAGAGUUCUUCAGGACGACAGACUCCUCAGAAUACACAGUGGCAUUCAUCGCCACAGGGCCCAGUUCCACAUUAUACUCCCCGUCCUCUACCUGUGUAUCCACAUCAACAGAACUACCAGCCUUCUCAGUAUUCUCCUAAGCAACCCCAGAUCCCUCAGUCAGCUUUUCGAUCACCACCGGCAUCCCAGUGUCCCUCUCCCUUUGGCUCUCCUCAACACCAAGUUCAACCUCCUCAGUUGGGUCAUCAGAGUUCACAUGUUUUCAUGCCUCCUAGUCCUUCAACUGUCCCACCCCAUCCAUAUCAGCAAGCAUCCCAGACUUUUCAGAAACAAGGUGGUCACUCUGUAUCAUAUCUUCCUCCUUUUGCUGGACCUAGUUUAUCCAAAGGUUCCAUGAAUAAAAUAGAAAUUACAGUUGAGCCACCGCAAAGACCUGGGACUACAAUGAACAGAAGUCCUUCACCAAUAAGUAAUCAACCAUCUCAACGAAACCAGCACCCACUGUAUGCAGCCACUACUCCUCCUUCAAGCUCUCCAUCAAGAGGUAUGUCGGGUCAACCCAAACCUCCAUUUAGUGUUAAUCCAGUAUAUAUUACCUACACUCAACCAACCGGACCUACAGGUGCACCAACACAGUCUCCUCGGGUAAUGGUAUCUCAGCCGAACCCAACCAUUUUUAAAAUCACAGUAGGUCGAGCACCGACUGAGAAUCUUUUAAAUUUAGUGGACCAAGAAGAGCGUUCUGCAGCACCAGAACCUAUUCAGCCUAUUUCUGUAAUCCCAGGAUCUGGAGGAGAAAAAGGAAGCCAUAAGUAUCAGAGAAGUUCUAGUUCUGGAUCAGACGACUAUGCUUACACUCAAGCCUUGCUGUUACAUCAGCGAGCAAGGAUGGAGAGAUUAGCAAAGGAACUGAAGCUUGAGAAAGAAGAGCUCGAACGCCUGAAAGCUGAAGUCAAUGGUAUGGAGCAUGAUCUAAUGCAGAGGCGGCUGCGAAGAGUUAGCUGUACAACUGCAAUUCCAACACCUGAGGAAAUGACCAGAUUGAGAAGCCUCAACAGACAGCUCCAGAUAAAUGUUGACUGUACACUGAAAGAAGUUGAUCUCCUUCAAUCUAGAGGGAACUUUGAUCCGAAAGCCGCAUGUAACUUUUAUGAUAACAUAGAGCCUGGUCCUGUUGUGCCACCAAAGCCAUAUAAAAAGGAGCAUCAAAACAGCUCCAAACAGACUCCACGGACUCAGCCAAGAGAUGAAGACUUUGAAGGGGCUCCAUGGAAUUGUGAUAGCUGCACCUUUCUAAAUCACCCAGCACUAAAUCGCUGUGAGCAGUGUGAAAUGCCACGAUACACCUGAAAAUCAGGAAGGGGCUGCACUGGGUUGAAAACAGGCUCUCAAGCCAACUGCUGUAGGAGAAGGAAACAUGGGGAACCUUUCAGUCCAUCUGCCCAGCCUUUGCCAGUCAACAAUCUUCAUAUUGCAAGGGGUGGGAGUAAUGUGUUAAGAUGUUUCUGCUUGUGCUACACUAUAAAUAAAUAAAUAAAGGAGGAAAUUCUUUCUUAUCCCAUUGCAUUGAGCAAAGCAGAAAAUGAAACCUGAAAAUGUAAAAGGAUUAAUUUGGGGGAAGAAUGUAUACAGGAAAGCAAGUAACUACUGGUGUUAGUCCUGUGGUUAUAGUUACUGCUUAGUGGCUCUAAAACAAACAAAGAAAAACAAAAAACAAACAAAACAAAAACAAACCAACAAACAAACCAACAAACAAACUUUUUUUAAAGAAAUUAUAGGACUCUUAGUAAUGGUGUGAAAUGUUACACUUAACCAGAAAAACUGAAGAGCCAGAGCUGACUUAACCUGGCCACAGCUAGCUGGAAAACAAAGGCUCCCUGUGCUUCUACAUUGUAAGCUACUGAAAAAGAAGACAGGUAAAUGCAACAAUAAAUUUUUGCAACAUAUAAAAAAGAAGGAGAAGGGUAUUUGUAACUGCUGCUUUUUUUCAGGGUAACUUAUGUCUACAAAAAAUUGCUGUUUGAAAUAGUAACCUAAGGUGACUAAAUGAGAUACCAUAUGAGUGUUACAGAGAGUUUAAUCAGAGGUAAUUUUUUACAAUCCCUUUUGCUUGUACAGUGCUCACCUGGCUGUGUCAACACCGGUAAUAAACUAAGAAUGAGUUCUACCUUACUACGGAUGAAAAUAGUGCUGCAUGCUUUCAUUAGACCGUCGUGUUUCAAAGCUAAAAGUAUGCUUUUAUAUACAACAAUCUUCUAAGCCUGUGCUGUGUAGCAGCACAGUGACAUAUGCCAAACAGAGACUACUUCAAAUUUGGUUUGGAAAACUUGAGCUCAGCCAUGGUUGUGUACGAGAAGAGUUUGUACCCAGUUCCUUAGGCCUUUUCAGCUUCCAAUUUGUGAAAAAUUCAUGAUGUUUACAGCACAGAAGGUACUUUGUACCCCAGUUCAAAGUUAGCUGAAAAAUAAUCAAUUAGCUCUUCAGUGAAGGUUUAUUUGCACAUCGUUAAUAAACCAGCCUGUAUAAAAUAGCAGAUGCCAGAUCCUGAAAAAUUAGACACUGCAUUCUUUUUAUUUUGGUCAGGAAAUAUUUGCUGUAGGUUGAAGAACACAAGACUUGCAACUGAAAAUCAUACUGGUACUUUUAUGCAUAUGAUAUACUGUAUUAUAAAGGUGAUGUUCAAUCUGUUUGAAUGCUUCAGGUUGCUGUAAUAAAGCACUCAAUACUUGUGAAAUUGAACUUGGGUUUGGGCAGCUGAAUGAUUAUGUUACACAACUGUGCGACUGAAUAGGAUGUUCUUGUGUACUGGUCAGAAGCUGGUACAGUGCAUUUGCGUUUUUAUGGUAUAACUUUGUCAGGAUUGAGACGCAACAAAGCACGUCAGCUGAGUAAUGGUAAUUGACUUUGCAACUGUGAGGCAAAAUGUGCUAGCUGAACCUUACCCGAAGAGAUUUAAACUACUUCAUUUUAAAUUGCUAGCUCAUGGCAGCCACAUCCAUAUGGUCAAUUACCACAAUUCACUUGAUGUGUGAUAACAUGUUAAGCUGUGGCAGAACAAUCAUGUGUCUGAAUCCUUAUUUAAAAUCAAGCAUCGUUUGUAAGGGGUGGGUGGAGAAAAACUCAUCUUGACUGCCUUGCUCAAUCUGGUGUCUUCUCUCCCUGCAGUUAAUAAAGAUAACAGUAAAAAACAAACUGUGAUCUUAGAUGAGGAGCCGGUAUUUUAGCUGGUAUUUUUCAGUAUGUUCUUGCACUAAUUAAAACUUCAGCAUAAUUUUAAAUAAGCUAAGAGAUCUCCAGCAAUCAAUGUGCACCACUAAUGAGCAAAACAAAGUCAAAGGCAUCAGAGCUAGUUUUCCUUCUUUCUCUUUCAUUUUCUCUUUCCCCUUCCUUCUGUCCCUCCCCAAAAAUUUCUGUCACAUGACAUGAGAAGGCAAAUAUUAAUUUUGGUCAUGUAAAUGGACAGUCUGACAAAACUGAGAUAAAUCAAAAACAGAUGAGCAGAAGCAUCAUAUCUAGGAUAAGCAGUACCAUUGCUGUUAUCGGCUGUAUAAUGAAUUACUCAAAACAAUACAGUAACUUCAUGACUUUUCUAUGAUGAUGCAUUUGCCUUCAUAUUAUUUCAAUUUUCUGUUCAUGUAUACUUAUGUUGAAGUUCUAGAAGCAUUUGUUUUUGCUGGAACAAAAUGAUAGCAGAAAUGACAGCAAAUGAGAGUAGGUGUGUCAUGCAUCAAUACAGUUGUGCUGUUUUCAGACAGAAUAGAUGCUACUUUUGAAGGGGGGGAAAUGCAUGCAGUCCGAUAAUUCCCUGAACUGUAGUAAGCAUAAAGGGAGACUUGCCAAUCUUAGUCAUAGCUUCAUCAGAGGAAGAGAAGGAAGGCUGCUGUGACAGCAAGAUAAUUUUUGAAGACUGAGUGAGUGCCGUUAAAUUGCAAAUUAAUUCCUUUGUACCAAUAAUUUUGCUCCAGUUUUUUAAUUACUGUCAUUUGUUGCUUGUAAAAAAACAAAAAAACAAACAAAACAAAAACAACAAAAGCAAAACACACAACAAAGCCUUCUGUUGUAUUCUUUUACUUGUAAAUGCCCAUACUCAAACAUUAAUAGUAAAGACUUUCCAUGGUGCUUGAAUAUUUCUAGUUUGUUAGAAUUCAAAUUGUAUUUUGAAUAUUGAAAGAUCCAUUUUCCUUCUGAAAGCAGGUGAUGCCGUUCACACCCCAACUGAAUUGUAGAUUAUGCCAAAAAGAUUGGUUUAUGUAAUAUUUAUUGAAUGCACAUAAAACCCUAAUGUCAGCUGGCAUACAAAAUGCACUGUAUUGUAUAAAACUUUUAUGUGUGUGUGUGAAUGGUGAGAUGCUGAUGCCAUUGUGUUGAGUUAAUGCACUACUUGUGUUUUCUUUUUUUCCUUAAUGACUGAGCUUUCCCUCAACCAUGCUACUAGAUUGGUAGAGUUUGUAACUGACUUGGACAUUCAGAUAUUCAAAAUGAUUUCACUGUUCAUUGAAAUUUUAUAUGGCUUAUUUUAUAUUUACUGUGCUAUUAAGAUGAAUUCCCUUCAAUUAUAGAAUACUACUGUAGUUCUUUAAAAGUUUAUUUAGAGUGGGGCUUCUGGAAAAUGAUUCAGAACAUAGUAAACCAAAAGAAAUCCUGAACUUUGGAUCUACUUUUAAUUUGAUGUAAUUAUUAGUCUUGUUUGGGUGAAGAGGAAGGGGGUGGGAAGUCAAGCAAAAGGAAAUACUUUGUAAAAUGUAGUCUUAGAUCAGAUUGAAUUGUGUAUCUGUGUGUCUGUGGUAUGUGUGUGUUUCCCUUGAAAAAUGGGAGGUGUGGUGAAAAGGUGUAAUAAUUCUUAAAAGAGCUGGUCUCAGUACUUUCUGAUUAUGAUAUGCUACUAAAUCGCUUUUUUUAAAAAAAAAAAAAACAAACAAACUUUUUCUUUCAGUUACUUUUAUCUGUCCCAGAUAUAUAUCUCUCAUUUCAAUUUCUAAAUACUUUUACAUUUAAUAUUGAUUGUAAAACCCCUUGAAACUGAAAUAAAAAUACUUGAAAUGGGGAGAAGGCAAAAUUAAAACAAUAAAGAAUGUUUUAAAAAAGAAUGUGAGAUUAUUACAUAUGUUAAAAACAAGCUUGUCAUCAGGAUGAUAGUUUUUGUUUUAAAAUUCAGUGGUAUACCCUAGAAUGUGAAAAUGACUAUCCUGACGAGAAGUGAACAGUUGGACAUAAACAAUUCAUCAGCUUGUUUCAUACCACAGAAUUUACGUGCUCUGUACUACAGUGACUCUAAAUUCCGUAAAGAAAGAUGACAUGCACAGAUAUCACAUCUCAUAGUCAGUACUGUCUCUAUGUGCUGCUGCAUUUGUUUCGUUUCAAAAUGUCAAUAUUAUAUGGAGCUACACAUGACUGAAUUUUGCCAGAUUUCUUCAGUUUGGCGCUUUCAUUGCUGUUUAUGUCCACAAAUAUUAAUGCAAAUAUUUUUCUUGGUUUUGAAUAAUCAGAAAUCAAUGGAGUUAAUGCAAUAUUAUAAUCCUGGAUUUUCAGUACCUUUGAAAACAAUUUUAAAAAACUGUGUUCUUGAAACUUAUUUAUUUAUGGUGGCACCAGUGUAUCUAAUCCAUAUUUCCUGCUGUGUGAAACCCUGUUAAAUUUUUUCAUUAAAAAAAGAAGACACGAUCUUGUUUAAUCCUGUAUAUAUGGUGUCUACAUUCUAGAUUUGUGUAUGCUGUGAAUGAACUUAUUACUAAGAGAUUAAAUUGUAUAAAAGCAUUCAGAGGCUAUGCAUGCAUGGUACCUCCAGAAAGUGCAUACUCCGAGUUGCAGAUUCCUGCAAAAAUAAAUUAAUAAAACUAAGCAAACAUCA